ACAUAAUAUGAUUAUUUCAGAGAAGAUGAGUUCCGUUUCCGACUUCCUGAAGGACCUUCCGUCCAGAAACAAGGAGAACUUUACCAGACUAAACCCAGACAGUCACCAUAGGGGUACAACUGGAAAGAAGAGUACAUAUCUUACAACUAAGGAUGAUCCUCCAGAGCAAAUAAUUGUAACUGAGCGAACCAACAUUCUUCUCAGGUUCUUGCAUCAGCAGUGGGAUAAGAAAACUAAUUCAACCAAGAAACGAGUUGGCGAGGAAAUACAGGACGAGGUUCCGGAAAAAAGAGCAAAGAUUGAACCUGGAGCUUCAGAACCAACUACUCCGGGUCCUAGUCGAACCAGAACAGAUUCUUCACGUUCAGCUGGAUCCUUACGGGGUUCCUCUCAAAGCUCGUUACCUGCUGGUCCUCCCCCUCCUUACGAUAUUACACGGCUGACACGCCUCCUAUAGAAUCUCACUAUCACCGCUGUUCUGCAUUUUUAAUUUGUUUUAUACAGAAUAUUUUUGAUUCAUUAGUUCCGAGCCUGGCAAAACAUUUCAAGUAUUUAACAUUGUGAAAUCUUCCAUUUUUGCUGAACAGUAAAAUAUUAGUACAGAAAUAUAAAUUUUUUCUUGAA